AGAAUGGAACAGUCAAGGAAGAUGUUUAAAUUAACUAAUGUUCUUGGAGUUUUUCUGUGGUUGCUUCUGCUCAGUGUACUGGGAAUUGUGUUGGGGAAGAAUGCGCAGAAUAAGCCUAAUAUUAUCUUAAUGAUGGCUGAUGAUCUUGGUUCACACGAUGUGAGUUUGAGAGGAAGCAAUCAGAUUCUGACGCCCAACAUCGACGCUUUGGGCUAUCAAGGCGUCAUCUUCAACAGACAUUACACAGCAGCACUUUGCUCACCCUCAAGAUCAGCACUGAUGACAGGAAAGUACUCAAUUCACACUGGAAUGCAGUAUUAUGUAAUUGCUGCAGACGAAGCCCGAAGCGUGCCUUUGAGUGAAAAGCUUCUUCCGCAGUACUUGAAAGAAGCUGGCUAUAAAACUCAUAUGGCUGGCAAAUGGCACUUGGGAAUGGCUAAGAAAGCUUUCACACCAACUCACAGAGGUUUUGACAGUCAUGUUGGAUACUUAGUGUCUCAAGUUGAUUACUUCGACUUCACCUUCUGGUUGAGCUUUACGGGAUACGAAAGAGGAUUUGACUUCAGAUACAAUGAAAGUGUUUAUCGCGAUAGAGUUGGUGAAUAUUUACCAGAUGUUUUGGCAGAUGAAGCUUCAAAGAUCAUUUACAAUCAUGAUCCUUCCCAAGGACCGCUUUUCCUCUAUUAUGCCCAAAUAGCUCCUCACGCGGGAAAUGAUGAUGAUCCUUUGCAAGCAAUUCCGGAAGAUUUAAUGAAAGUUGGCCAUAUUAAGGAUCCCAAGAGAAGAACUUACGCCGCAAUGGUGAAAGCUCUCGAUAGAUCAGUGGGAACGGUUGUCAAAGCUCUGAAGGAGAAAGGAAUGCUGGAGAACAGCAUCAUCGUGUUCUUUUCGGACAAUGGAGGCCCUACGGAAGGAUUUCUUUCUCUCCAAGCCUCAAACUAUCCUUUAAGAGGGCAAAAGGACGGUCCUUGGGAAGGAAGUCUCCGAGGAAUGGCUUUAGCAUGGAGUCCUCUUCUGCGGCAGAGACACCGAGUAUCUGACCAUUUAACUCACAUUACGGAUUGGUUGCCCACAUUUGCCCAGAUUGCUGGUGUAAAGUUUUAUAGGAAUUCAAGCCUAGAUGGUGACAAUAUUUGGGACACUUUGUCAUACAACAAACCUCCAAAUCGUCGAGAAAUGGUGCAUAAUAUUGACCCAAUUACCGGUUACAGUUCAAUUUACUUCAAUGGAUGGAAGUAUAUAAACGGGACGACAAAUAAUGGUGAAUUUGACAGUUGGCUAGGCGAUAUGCCCUUCGAGGACGAUCCUGAAGCCUUUCGCUAUCCUCAGAUUGUGAUGGAAAGUGAUGUUUGGCGCGCUCUCAAUCCAUUUGCCAGGAAACGAUUACAAGCCAGAGAUUUGGAGGGUUUAAGGAAGCAAACUAGGAUUGUUUGCCAGAAGAAAAUCUCACAAGCAAAGGACUGCAAUCCUCUUAAAGCUCCUUGUCUCUUCUACAUCCAGAAUGAUCCUUGUGAGGUCAAUAAUUUGGCUGAUCUUCAGCGUUCCCGAGUGAAAGUAAUGGAGGAGCGACUUCGGUACUUCCAGAAGACUUCUGUGCCCGCAAUCAAUCUUCCUCACGAUCCGGCUGCGAAUCCCGCCCUCAAUGGUGGCCUCAUGACGUGGUGGCUGGAGAAAGAGUGCUCCAAAUAAAAGCAGUACAAAAAACCCCAUUGA